GUUACUAGUAUCCUUGACACCCCACCCAUUUUCAUUUAAUAUAAAAAGUGAUCGAGUUUAAUUCAUAUCACACUUAAUCCACAACUUGACGUGCAACGUUUAAUUCUAAUUCUACAAAAUGUUCAGCAAAGUUAUCGCAUUCGGCGCUUUCUUAGCCGCUGCCAAAGCUGGUCUGCACGGCCAAGCUGUGUCAUCUCAGAGCAUUGUCCGUCAUGACACCGGCUAUGGAUCAGCUGCCUACGCGCCUUUAGCCUACGGAGGACAUUAUGGAGCUUCUCAGUACGAUGGACACGACACCUAUGCGCACCCAAACUACGACUUCUCCUACUCCGUGGCUGACCCCCACACCGGAGACCACAAGUCCCAGCACGAGAGCCGCGACGGUGACGCAGUCCACGGCUCCUACUCCUUGGUGCAGCCCGAUGGCUCCCUCAGACAGGUCCACUACACUGCUGAUGACCACAACGGAUUCAACGCAGUAGUACACAACUCCGCGCCCUCAGUUCACCCCCAGCACGCCUACCACCACCACUACUAAGCUAUCCCCAAAGUUUCUACAAAAUGACUGUUAAAUAAAUUAUAUUUAAACAAA